AGCUGUUUCCUCCCCUGAGCUGAACAGUCCCUGGUAUAAAAUGGGACCCGUACCGGUCCCGGCAAGUCAGCGCUCAUCACUGUAUCACCAUGGCUCAAGUCUUGCUUUUUGCGUGUUUGAUUGUCGUGGCAGUGGCCCAGUCAGAGUUGAGGAGAGACCCAACAGGUAAGUCUUUGAUUACAACAUUCAAAUGUCUCAUCUCCCUGAUACUUUUGCCGAGAGGAAUCUCAGACUUCACAUACAACAUUUAAAUGUCCCAACGCUAUGAUAUUUUGCGCCGAACAGAAUCUCAGCCUAAACAAGCAUAGCAUUAAAAUGUCUCAUCUUUAUGAAAUUUUGUGCCGAACGGAAUCUCAGCCUAAACAAAAAUACAGAAUUAAGUUGUCUUAUCUCUGUGGCAUUUUGUGCCGAACGGAAUCUCAGCCGAUACAAACAUACAAACUUUAAAUGUUUCAUCUCUAUGACAUUUUGUGCCGAAUGGAACCUCCGCCAUAAUAAACUACAGUUACUGAAAAAAAUGAAAGGAAUUUAAUUGAAACUUAACUUUUGUGUUGGAUUGACAUGACCAGAGGCACACUUAGAAAUGAUGAAACAUAUGAAAUAAGAAUAUAAUGUCAAAACAAGACAUUUACAUGAAAACAAGACAUUUACAUGAAAACAAGACAUUUACAUGCAGAGAAGACGUUUACAUGCAGUCAAGACAUUUACAUUAAAACAUAACAUUUACAUUAAAAAACAAAACAUUUACUUGAAAACAAGACAGGGACAUUAUUUUGGUAGGGCAGGGUGGAGCAUUCCCCCCCCCCCCCNGUAACAUGGAAACAUCACAAUAACAUGCCAACAUCACAGUAACAUGGAAACAUCACAAUAACAUGCCAACAUCACAGUAACAUGGAAACAUCACAAUAACAUGCCAACAUCACAGUAACAUGGAAACAUCACAAUAACAUGCCAACAUCACAGUAACAUGGAAACAUCACAAUAACAUGCCAACAUCACAGUAACAUGGAAACAUCACAAUAACAUGCCAACAUCACAGUAACAUGGAAACAUCACAAUAACAUGCCAACAUCACAGUAACAUGGAAACAUCACAAUAACAUGCCAACAUCACAGUAACAUGGAAACAUCACAAUAACAUGCCAACAUCACAGUAACAUGGAAACAUCACAAUAACAUGCCAACAUCACAGUAACAUGGAAACAUCACAAUAACAUGCCAACAUCAAAGUAACAUGGAGACAUCACAGUAAAUUGAAAACAUCACACUAACAUGGAAACAGGACAUUAUCAAAUGGAAAACUAUUUUUUUCAUCUAUUUAAAACGUGACUUCCGACAACCAUUCAGAUUAUUCAUUGAUUUAUGACAUAAAUAAUUCUUAUUCAUAUUUUUUGCGAAAUGUAUUUUGUUUUUCAAAAGUCUGUUCAAACUCUAAAAUAAUCAUUCAAGAGGUGGAUGAUAAUAUUCUGAUUUUAAUAUGUCUUUCUUUUAAACAUAAAGUUAUGUCAUAGGUCAUAUUUAUAGACAGAGCUGUAUCACAAGUCAGAUUUAUAGAAAUAGCUGUAUCACAAGUCAAUUUAUAGAAAUAGCUGUAUCACAAGUCAGAUUUAUAGAAAUAGCUGUAUCACAAGUCAGAUUUAUAGAAAUAGCUGUAUCACAAGUCAGAUUUAUAGAAAUAGCUGUAUCACAAGUCAGAUUUAUAGUAACAGCUCUUUCAUUGUGACUUUAUAUCACUGUCAUUUCAUUGGACAGUUUUCAUUUGAUAAAUAAACCGCUGGAAAUGUUAUAGUUAUAUUAUAUCACAGUUUUGUUGAAAUAAUAUGAUCUUAUCUCACUGAAAAAAUUAAAUGGAUCUUUACGUCAUUAAAAAAAGUAUGGCUAUUUCAUUGGCUAGUGUAUUAUUAUUAAUAUUUUAUGGAAUUGUACUAAACUUAGCUGUGUGUAUCUCUGUUGUCAAACAUCUGUAGAGAAAUGUGAGCGUGAAGUCGAUGUGGUCAUCGUUGGCGCCGGUGUUACUGGUGCCUACUCCGCCUACAGGUUGAGGAACACCAGCCAGUCCAUCGAGAUUGUCGAGCGUUCUGACCGCAUAGGUGGCCGCCACUACACCGCCGUCUUCCCAGAAGCCCCCAAUAUUCCCGUGGAGCUCGGUGUCAUGAUGUACAGUGCGGAGGUUCACGACAGAAUGGCCAAACUUGUGGAAGAGCUGGGUACGUACAAAUAUUGGGGUUGUAACAGUUCUGUUUCACUACAGAAGGGCCAAGCGUGUGGAAGAGCCAGGUAUGGUGUACGGGAGAUGAGUGAAUUAAGAGUUUUGCAUACGAGAGUACGUAGUGUUUUCUGAGGUAAUUGAAUGGAACCAUUUGGUUGACGUGAUUAAGACGUCAUUGUUCUCUGAGAUGCGUGAAUGCAAUAAUUCUGUUUACGAGCGAAUGACGUCAUUGUUCUCUGAGAUGAUUGUAUGUAACCGUUUGGUUGACGAGAGUAGGACGACAUGUUUCUCAGAUCUGACCCAGGAGGAAUACCCCGAGGCUUUUGGCGUCCCCAAUGAGAAGAUGUACUUGAUGAGAGGUCAACAUCUGAAAGAGGAGGACAUCAAAUCAGGGGCCCAGAUCCCUUACAAUCUCACCCCUGAGGAGAAACAGAACCAAGGUCGCUUCGUCAAGUAAGUUGGUUAUAUGGUCAGCCACCUCUGCCCUUCACCUCUGCCCUUCACCUCUGCCCUUCACCUCUGCCUUUUACCUCUGCUCUAUAGAGUGCAUUAUCAAAGCUUUUUGAUGCAAUUUGCUCCAGUAUCUUAUAUUUUGGAUACGAUGGCUAAAAUUAUCUCUCUUUGAAAUCUAUCGACAGCAAUAUCGCAUCUCUUUUAUUGUGUUGGUUGUUAAAUCUAUCCUAUUUAUUGAGUUGGUUAAUAAAUCUAAUCAAUUGAUUGUGUUGGUUUAUAAAUCUAAUUAAUUGAUUGUGUUGGUUGAUAAAUAUAUCAAUUGAUUGUGUUGGUUUGUAAUUUCAAUUGGUUGCAUUCGUUGAUAAAUAUAAUCAACGAGAUAUAGCUCGCCAAAUAUUGGCGACAGCAAUGCGUGAACUUUCCAUAAAUCUAGUAAAGUUACUUGACAAAACGUGAACUCAAGUAACGCACAUAAUUUGCUACACCCCUUCCCCCAUGAUACGCCACUGCACACUUUUUAUUUCACGCCCGUGAACUAUAUUAAUAUUCUCAUGUCCCAACCACUUUUAAACCGAAUAGUUUGGACGCAAUGCUUCAAUUGAGACGAUUUCAUUUUCGAAAAGAAAAUAUUACGCACCAAACGCUAUUGCGUUAUUAAAAAAAAAAUCUAUCAUUUAGCGUAGUUAUUGCCAAUUAUAUUUUGCUCACUAGUGAACUCAUAAUUGAACUACCCUCUGGCGCAUCUAUAUAUAGCCUGCGUGGUGUUUGACCUUUGCUGGUGAAUUAUAUAUAGAGAUUGGUUGUGUUUGCUGUUAAAUCUGAUCAACUGAUUGUGGUGCUUGAUAAAUCUGAUCAACUGAUUGUGGUGGUUGAUAAAUCUAAUCAACUGAUUGUGGUGGUUGAUAAAUCUAAUCAAUUGAUUGUGGUGGUUAAUAAAUCUGAUCAACUGAUUGUGGUGGUUGAUAAAUCUGAUCAACUGAUUGUGUUGGUUGAUAAAUCUGAUCAACUGAUUGUGGUGGUUGAUAAAUCUGAUCAAUCUGACGCUAUGGGUCUGUCUUCCUAGGAUUGGCUCUAUUGUUAAUAUUGUGUAGACUGUUUCAUUUCUCAGUGUUGGAAAUGGCAGACCUGUGAUUUUUCUGUGUUUAUGAUAAAUGAUCCAAAUCUCUACCCCCCCCCCUUCCUCCUCCACCUCUCCCUACCCCCUCUCCCCCUCAGGUACAUCCUGGAGAAACUGACCGGUCAUAAAGAAGACACACUGCCUAGAGAAGACCGCAUGAAACUCAAGGUCAAGGUCACUGGGGCAGAGGAAAAAGAGCUGUACAAAUACACGUGAGUGUGUGUGUCAGUGUGUGUGUCAGGGUGCGUUUCAGGGUGGGUUUCAAUGUCUGUCAGUGUGUGUGUGUGUGUCAGGGUGAGCGUCAAUGUGUACGACAAUGAGUGUGUCAGUAUGUACACCAGAACGUGUGUCAUGAGUUUGACUAUUCAGUAUAGUAUACUAUGACUAUUGUAUACUAUGACUAGAAUACUACGACUAUUGUAUACUAUGACUAUUGUAUACUAUGACAAUUGUAUACUAUGACUAUUAUAUACCGGGUAUAAGUCGCUUCAACAUUUAAAUUGCCGAACACAGUUUCUCCUUAUGCAUGGAAAACGACAGGGACACAUAGACAGUAACACAUAAACAGUGACAUAUAGACAGUGGCUCAUAGACAUUAGUACAUAGACUGUGGCACGCAGUCAGUGGCACAUGGACAGUGGCACAUAGACAUUGGCACAUAGACAGUGGCAUAUAGACAGUGGCACAUAGACAGUGGCAUAUAGACAAAUCUUUUUUGUAAAGUACAUUUACUCAUCUGCUCUUUUUCCACAAAAAACGGUAAGAGGGGUAACAUGAUAACUUAUGUGAAGUUGCCUAUUUUAACAUGGGUCACGUGAUCCAUUUCAACAUGUGUGAUCUUCUGCCUCUAGCCUAGAAGAGGCUCUUGACAAGGUCACCAGCCCAGACGGUAAAGCUUUCUUCUACGCCCUCGCCAAGUUCGACUCACCACAUUACAAGGACGCAAGCGCCAUCUUGGCUUUUGGAAAUGAAUUCGAUUACUUCAGGUAGAAAUAAUCGCACGUCAUGAUUUACACAAACAGAAUCAAUGCUCGAAAACAAUUUUUUAAACAUUUCUUAAUGAAAUGAGGAUUGAAAUGUGUUACUGAUAGAGAGAUGUAAUAUUUAGAAGAUGUUACUGAUAGAGAGAUGUAAUAUUUAGAAGAUGUUACUGAUAGAGAGAUGUAAUAUUUAGAAGAUGUUACUGAUAGAGAGAUGUAAUAUUUAGAAGAUGUUACUGAUAGAGAAAUGUAAUAUUUAGAAGAUGUUACUGAUAGAGAGAUGUAAUAUUUAGAAGAUGUUACUGAUAGAGAGAUGUAAUAUUUAGAAGAUGUUACUGAUAGAGAGAUGUAAUAUUUAGAAGAUGUUACUGAUAGAGAGAUGUUAUAAUUAGAAGGUGUUACUAAUACAUUUAUGGUUUGCUAACAUUGCCCGUGUUCUCCUCCCCCCCCACACACACACAGUGGUAACAUUUCUCUGCACAAAAUCAAAGAAGGUAUGGAUGCCCUGCCCAAAGAGAUGAUCUCCAAGUUCCUGGAGGCCAGUGAGAAGUGAGCAGAUAUUUAAUGGUGUUUUUGUUCUUGUUAUUUUGUUGGUUUUUUUUCAUUUCUAUUAAUUUUUUUUUUCUUAUUCGCUCUGAAUUUUACUUGCUUUUUUUUUUUUAUAUAAAUGAAAAGACUGCAUUCAAGCCUAGUAAUGGAGAUGUCUUGAGUUGUUGACUGUGCUCUGUUCUUUGUGAUAUUUUCAUUUCUACUGUUAGCUGAAGAAGACUUUAUGCCGAAACGUCCUUAUCUUUUUGUCCUGCUCUCUAAUUCAAGCUUCCACAUACUUCGUUUUGCUAUUUCAUUUUUUCUCUACCUCUCUCUCUCUCUCUCUCUCUCUCUCUCUCUCUUUCUCUCUCUCUCUCUCUCUCUCUUCCCCUCUCUAUCUCGUUCCCUCUCUAUGUUUAUCUCGCUCUCUCAUUCUCUCCCUCUCUCUCUUUUUCUCGCCACCUCUCUCAUUCUCUACCUCUCUCUCUCUCUCUCUCUCAUUCUCUCUACCUCUCUCAUUCACUCUAUUUCUCUCUCAUUCUCUCUCAUUCUCUCUUCCUCUUUAUCGUGCCUCUCUCUCUCUCUCUCUCCUGCUCUUGUUGUCUUUUUAAUUAAAAACUAAAUGAAAAACUAGUAUGGAAAAUAAAUUUAAUGAUCUGUUUAUUGAUACGCCAUGGAUUGUGGAUACGGUGGAUAUGUGGAUACAGUGGAUAUGGUGAUCAAUAUUGAAAACUAAGUUGAUUCCAUUCAUUGAUUUCUUUAUUCAAUGUAUAUACGAAUCUAUUGACUUCAAUGAAUCUAUCGACUUCAAUGAAUCUAUUGACUUCAAAUGAAUCUAUUGUCUUCAAAUAUAUGUAUUCCUUUCCUCUUGAUCCAUUGACUGCCUAUAUCUCCCCCAGACACAACAUAACCAUGAACAGAGACGUAGACUCCAUUCAGAGAGUCAAUAAUACCAGAUAUCUGCUCAGACUGAAGAAAACCAAAAGUGAGGACGGCCUUGUCAGUGAAACUGUGAGUGGCACGUAGACACACGGCACGUAGACACACGACACGUAGACACACGGCACGUUGAAAUAUCACCAUUUUCUACAACACACAUGCAGACACACCACAUACACAUGCAGACACAUAUCACACAACACACACAUGCAGACACAUGGCACACCACACACAUGCAGACACACUGCACACCACACACAUGCAGACACAUAGCACACAAAACACACAUGCAGACUCAUGGUACACAAUAUACACAUGCAAACACACGGCACACCACACAUAUCCAGACACACGGCACACCACACACAUGCAGACACAUGGCACACAAAACACACAUGCAGACACAUGGCACACAACACACACAUGCAGACACAUGGCACACAACACACAUAUGCAGACACAGGGCACACCACACACAUGCAGACACAUGGCACACCACACACAUGCAGACACAUAGCAAACAACACUCACAUCCACACACAAGGCACACCACACACAUGCAGACACAUGGCACACCACACACAUGCAGACACACGGCACACCAAACACAUGCAGACACACGGCACACCACACACAUGCUGACACAUGGCACACAACAGACACAUACAGACACACCACACACCACACAUGCAGACACACGACACACCCAACACACGCAGACACACGGCACACCACACUCACACAACACACACACACACACACACGGCACACCACACACAUACAGACACAUGACACACCACACACAUGCAGACACACGGCACACCAAACACAUGCAGACACACGGCACACCACACACAUGCUGACACAUGGCACACAACAGACACAUGCAGACACACGACACACCACACAUGCAGACACACGGCACACCAAUCACAUGCAGACACAUGGCACAUCACACACAUGCAGACACACGGCACACCACACACAUGCAGACACACGGCACACCACACACAUGCAGACACAUGGCAGACCACACACAUGCAGACACAUAGCAAACAACACUCACAUGCACACACAAGGCACACCACACACAUGCAGACACAUGGCGCACCACACACAUGCAGACACACGGCACACCAAACACAUGCAGACACACGGCACACCACACACAUGCUGACACAUGGCACACAACACACACAUGCAGACACACGACACACCACACACAUGCAGACACACGGCACACCACUCACAUGCAGACACAUGGCACAUCACACACAUGCAGCCACACGGCACACCACACACACGCAAACACACGGCACACCACACACUCAUGCAGACACACGGCACACAACACACACACGCAGACACCCGACACACCACACACAUGCAGACACACGGCACACCACUCACAUGCAGACACAUGGCACAUCACACACAUGCAGACACACGGCACACCACACACAUGCAGACACACGGCACACCACACACAUGCAGACACAUGGCAGACCACACACAUGCAGACACACGGCACGUAGACUUCAGUUCAAUACUUACAUUGUUAGACUUCAGUGUCAUUUACAUUUUCUUCUUAUAUUUAAAAUACAUAUAUAUAUGUUGUCAUCUUCACCCCCAGGGACUGGAUGAGUUCAUCUGUGCCCGUAAGGUCAUCUUGGCCAUCCCCAAGGACGCCCUCUUGAAGGUUCAGUGGCCUGAGCUCAAGUAAGUAUCUUUAGCUCUUCAAUUUGUCUUCAAUAGACUCAACUAGACGUUUUGUCACAAUGGAGAAUAAAAUGAUUUAUAGUUUGGGAGUUAGGGGGGGGGAGGGGGAGGGGAAAAAGGGGGGAGGGGGGUUGCGCUAUUGAAAUAAAAUAAAAAGCUUGAGCAGUGGGACACAUUUCAUUGUCGACAUAAAAAGCUUGAGCAGUGGGACAUAUUUCAUUGUCGACGUAAAAAGCUUGAGCAGUGGGACACAUUUCAUUGUCGACAUAAAAAUCUUGAGCAGUGGGACACAUUUCAUUAUCGACAUAAAAAGCUUGAGCAGUGGGACACAUUUCAUCGUCGACAUAAAAAGCUUGAGCAGUGGGACACAUUUCAUUGUCGACGUAAAAAGCUUGAGCAGUGGGACACAUUUCAUUGUCGACAUAAAAAGCUUGAGAAGUGGGACACAUUUCAUUGUCGACAUAAAAAGCUUGAGCAGUGGGACACAUUUCAUUGUCGACAUAAAAAGCUUGAGCAGUGGGACACAUUUCAUUGUCGACAUGAAAAGCUUAAGCAGUGGGACAUAUUUCAUUGUCGACAUAAAAAGCUUGAGCAGUGGGACACAUUUCAUUGUCGACGUAAAAAGCUUGAGAAGUGGGACACAUUUCAUUGUCGACGUAAAAAGCUUGAGCAGUGAGACACAUUUCAUUGUCGACGUAAGUUUUCAGAUUGAAAGAUUAUUCUGAGGAUAUUUGAACAUAUUAUUUAAACUAAUUUUUUUUUUCAUUGUUCUCCAGAGCCAAACCAAUUGUGGACGCCCUCAAUGCUUUGAGAUCCGUUCCGAUGAGCAAGGUCGUUAUGACCUUCGCCAAGCGCCACUGGCAGGAGAACGAGGCCACCAAGGCCACUGUCAAGUUCACCGACUCCCUGGUCGGCAAAGUCUACGAGCUUGGCAAGAGCAACACGUCCGAUAGCUAUGUCCUGCUCGCGAGCUACGCCGAGGGGGAGAAGGUCCGCGUAUUCGAGGAGUGCAACCAGAAGGGACUGCCCAUCGCCGGGUCUGAGCCUGGAGAGCUCCGUGUGACGGAAGACAUGAAGGCUGACGUGCUCGCCGAGCUGAAGAACGUCUUCUGGGGAGAAUGGAAGGCACCCAUGAAAUCUGCAGCCAAGUUCUGGACUCAGCACCCCUUCAGAGGUGGGUCCACUGUUUGGAGGGCUGGGUUCCACUUCUCCGAGAUCAUUGAACGUAUCCAGCAUCCGUCUCAAGAUGAUGACGUCUACAUCGUCACUCGUGAUAUCGCCGACGGCAACAAGCAGCUGUGGACUGAGGGCGGUCUGGAGUCUGUAGAGAGGAUUAUGAAACGUCACUUCUUUUAAGACACCCCCCUCCCCACGCGCCGUGAUUGAUUAGAAAGAUGAGACAGUAUUGAAAUGCCAAGAUGGGAUGUGUUGGAAGGUCUGGUGAAUCCGAGAUGUGUACCACAAUAAUAAACACAGUUCCCUGUAAUAAAAUUGUUCAGUGGUUAGUUUAUGGCCAGUUUGAAAUGAUUUAAAUAAAUUGCUGAUCUAAAAGAU